CAUUUCUCCGCCCUCCUCAGAGUUGGUUCCGCCUAUUCCGAUUCCCGGGUUUUGCUAAGGGCUUUUACCUUGGCACUUCUACAAGGCCACCUACCACAGCCACGAAGAGCGUGCCCCCAGGACUCUGACGAUCACCUAAAGGAACACAUCCACGGAAGCGGAGGCCUGAGAAUUAAGUUUCGUGUAAAUCCCGCGCGGGUUCCCACGGCCCCAUGGGAGUGCAGGGGCGGGGCUAGGAAAGGCGCGACUCGUCACCUCCUAAGCUCCACCUCCGGCUGCGUCUUCUAAUCGUGUUCUUCCGGUCGGAACCUCCUCUUCUCCUUUCCUCCUCCAUCGUGCGGUGGGCUCCUGACUUGGCUUCUCACCAUGUCUUCUCACAAGACUUUCAGGAUCAAGCGAUUCCUGGCCAAGAAACAAAAGCAAAAUCGUCCUAUUCCUCAGUGGAUUCGGAUGAAAACUGGUAACAAAAUAAGGUACAACUCCAAGAGAAGACACUGGAGGAGAACAAAGCUGGGUCUGUAAGGAUUCACACAAUGGCAAGACAGAGUUUAUACAGAAUUGUGGGUCAUCAAGCAAUCCUACCACCUGGAGUUCCAACAUUUUAACCUGAAGACUUAGUCGUGUUUUAAGUU